AUGCCGACGUAUGGAGGACGUGGCGAGGCAGGCGGCGCCAUGGCGUGCGCUGGCUGCGAGAAGCCCAUACUGGAUAAGUUCCUACUGCACGUGCUUGAGCGAGCAUGGCAUGCGGCGUGCGUGCGCUGUGCAGACUGCCGCGCGCCGCUCGCCGACAAAUGCUACUCGCGGGACAACAAACUCUUUUGUAGAAAUGAUUUUUUUAGACGUUACGGUACAAAAUGCAGCGGCUGCGGUCACGGAAUAUCCCCAUCAGAUCUCGUUAGGAAAGCACGGGAAAAGGUGUUCCACCUGAAUUGCUUCACCUGCCUAGUCUGCAGGAAGCAACUGUCCACCGGUGAAGAAUUGUACGUGUUAGACGACAACAAAUUUAUAUGUAAAGAGGAUUACUUAGCAGGGAAGGCGCCGACUCAUUCUGAUUCACUUCUUGGAUCAGGAACAGAUGACGAAGAAGAAGAGGAAGCAAGAGCGGCAAACAACUCAAGUAGUCCAGCGCAUGCGCCGCAUCCAGCACUACAUUCUGAAUUAUCACAUAAUGGGGAUACGAAACCACACGAGGAUUCAGAAGACCAGGGUUCAUUGGAUGGGGAUACGGAGACAAGAGACUCGCAGGCGGAAAACAAGUCACCAGAUGACGGCAACGGUGGGUCAAAACGGAGAGGUCCUCGGACAACGAUAAAGGCAAAACAGUUGGAAAUACUGAAAUCAGCGUUUUCACAGACACCCAAACCGACGAGGCACAUACGGGAACAGUUGGCGAAAGAAACAGGGCUACCUAUGAGAGUGAUACAAGUUUGGUUUCAAAACAAGCGGUCAAAAGAAAGGCGUUUAAAACAGCUAACUUCAAUGGGCAGGGGCCCUUUCUUCGGCUCCUCCCGCAAGAUGAGGGGGUUCCCCAUGAACCUAUCUCCGGGAGGGUUAGAGGAAGGGCCGCCGGGGUUUCCGUACUUCGCGACAGCAGAUGGAAAGUUCGAAUUUGGUUAUGGCCCGCCGUUUCACCAUGACGCGCCGUUCUUCCACCCCCCACCGGCCAUGCCGUUUAAUCAGCCAGGUGGAAUGGAGACGCUGCAAGGCGGCGAGUUUCAGGACCAGUUUCAACCUCACGACCACCUCGGGCUGCCGCGGCCAUCUUCCCCCGAGUUCGCCUUUGGCGACGCCCCUCCGCCCCUCCAUCCUGAGGGUUUGGUGUGGUAG